GUGACGACGGAGUGUUUUAAAAAGGCAAUUAAAGUCAAGUGAUAGUGGAAAAGGUGAUUUUAGCGACAAGAAAAAGAAGUGAUAAAAUGGUUGGGAUCCUCUCCAUUGAUCCCUAUUCGUGAAACACAAUAAUGAGAAAUAAAACUAGAUAGAUAUAUACACUGCACUACACUGCUCUCUUUUUCUGUUGGAGAUACUGCGCAACGCAUUGCCAAUAUGUUUGCUUCGCUCCUCCGAUCUCCCACGCUGAUCGCCGACAACAGCCACCGGAGGAACAUUUCACGCUCAUCUGGAUGGCGUCGGAGAGUGCAGAUUCAAGCAGUGAUCAGUAGCGGCGACAACAAGAGUAUUACGACGUCUCCGUUGGACAACAAAUUAGAGACCAAUGGAUCGGUGCCACGUGGUGGUAGCAAAGACAGCCAAGUGAUAAAGGUGAAAGCGGUGGUGACAAUAAGGAAAAAGAUGAAAAGUAACAUGGUUGAGGAUAAUUUGGAAUAUUUGAUCAAUGGUGUUGGUCAUGGAAUACAGAUUAACCUCAUCAGUCAACAUAUUGACCCUGCUACUAGUUGUGGAAAAAGUGUGCAAUCCAACGUAAGAGGUUGGCUACCGAAGCCAUCGAAGAUUCCAUACAUUGUGGAAUACUCAGCUGAUUUCACUGUGCCAACUGACUUUGGACGCCCUGCUGCUAUUCUCAUUACCAAUCUUCAUGCAAAGGAGUUUCACUUAUUGCAAAUUAUCCUUCAUGGCUUCAUUGAUGGACCCAUUUUCUUCCCCGCAAACACAUGGAUUCAUUCGCGUAACGACAACCCUCUAAGUAGAAUCAUAUUCAAUAAUCAAGCAUAUUUACCAUCACAAACACCACCUGGUAUCAAAGAUCUACGGCGUGAGGACUUGCUAAGCAUAAGGGGUGGUGGAACACCCCAAGAAAGUGAAAGAAAAUCACAUGAUAGAAUCUAUGAUUAUGCUACCUACAAUGAUUUGGGCAACCCUGAUAAAGAUGAAAAACUUGCUAGGCCUCUCCUUGGGGAUCAUGACAGACCUUAUCCUCGCCGUUGUAGAACUGGAAGACCUCCAACUCGCUCUGAUCCAAUGUGUGAGAGUAGAAUAGAGAAGCCACAUCCUAUUUAUGUGCCACGAGAUGAAACUUUUGAAGAAAUCAAGCAGGACACUUUCUCUGCUGGAAGAUUGAAAGCUCUGUUCCACAAUCUUAUACCUUCACUUGCAGCCACUCUGUCGAAAUCUGACAUUCCUUUCAAGUGUUUUUCUGAAAUUGACAAGCUUUAUAUUGAUGGUGUUACUUUGAAAGAUGAAGAGCAGAGAGGGAUAGUGGAAAAUCUCUUGGUUGGAAAGGUAAUGAAACAGGUCCUCAGUGCUGGACAACGGUUGUUAAAAUAUGAAAUCCCAGCUGUUAUAAAAGGAGAUAAAUUUUCUUGGUUGAGGGACAAUGAAUUUGCAAGGCAGGCCUUAGCUGGGGUGAAUCCAGUGAAUAUUGAGCUAUUAAAGGAGUUUCCUAUUUACAGCAAACUAGAUCCUGCUGUCUAUGGCCCUCCUGAAUCAGCAAUAACAAAGGAACUAUUGGAGCAGGAACUUGGUGGAAUGAGCUUUGAAAAAGCUAUGGAGGAAAAGAGACUAUUUAUUAUUGAUUACCAUGACAUGCUUUUGCCAUUCAUCAAGAAGAUGAACUCCUUACAUGGGAGGAAAGCUUAUGCCUCACGGACGAUUCUCUUCAAUACAAAGACUGGUGUUCUGCGUCCUAUAGCUAUAGAGCUUUCGCUUCCUCAAAUGCCUUCUUCGCCACGAAAUAAAAGAGUUUAUACACAAGGCCAUGAUGGCACAACACAUUGGAUUUGGAAGCUAGCAAAAGCUCAUGUUUGUUCAAAUGAUGCUGGCAUCCAUCAGCUUGUAAAUCACUGGUUAAGGACUCAUGCAUGCAUGGAGCCGUAUAUAAUUGCAACUCACAGACAGCUAAGCUCAAUGCAUCCAAUUUACAAGUUGCUACAUCCUCAUAUGCGCUAUACUUUGGAAAUUAAUGCACUAGCUCGGCAAAAUUUAAUAAAUGGAGGGGGUAUAAUUGAAGCAUCUUUCAGUCCAGGAAAAUAUGCCAUGGAGCUUAGUUCAGCAGCUUACAAAAACUUGUGGAGAUUUGAUAUGGAAUCUCUCCCAGCAGAUCUUAUUCGAAGGGGCAUGGCAGUAGAAGACCCUUCAAUGCCCUGUGGUGUAAAACUUGUGAUUGAUGACUACCCUUAUGCUGCAGAUGGACUCCUAAUCUGGUCUGCCAUUAAAGAAUGGGUAGAAUCUUAUGUCCAACACUUCUAUUCCGAAUCGGAUUCGAUUGUAACCGAUGUGGAGCUCCAAGGAUGGUGGAGUGAAAUCAAGUUUAAGGGUCACUAUGACAAAAGGAAUGAACCUUGGUGGCCUAAACUAGACACAAAAGAGGACUUAUCUAGCAUACUUACCACAAUGAUCUGGGUUGCUUCAGGUCAGCAUGCUGCUAUAAAUUUUGGACAAUACCCUUUUGGAGGAUAUGUGCCUAACCGUCCUACACUCAUGAGAAAACUUAUGCCUCAAGAAAGUGAUUCUGAUUAUGAAAAGUUUAUUCAAAAUCCUCAGCUUUUUUUCCUAUCAUCAUUGCCUACUCAACUUCAAGCUACCAAAGUAAUGGCUGUUCAGGACACACUGUCAACUCAUUCCCCUGACGAAGAGUAUUUGGGUCAAGUGAAUCAUAUGCAUAAUCAUUGGAUCAAUGAUCAUGAAAUACUGAAGUUGUUUAGUAAAUUCUCUGAUAGACUUGAGGAGAUAGAGGAAAUAAUUAAUGCAAGAAAUAAGGACACAAGUUUGAAAAGUAGAACUGGUGCUGGUGUUCCUCCUUAUGAGUUGUUGCUUCCUUUGUCAGGUCCUGGGGUAACUGGCCGUGGAAUCCCUAACAGUAUAUCUAUAUGAUUAAUUAGUUAAGAUUGCAUUGGCAUUAUCACUUGUUACUUAUUAUAUGUCAUCUGAUACACUUUUAGCGGCAGAAACUGUGUAUGUAUAGUAUAAGUAUAUCUGCAUAAGGUAAGGCCAUUAAGACAAUCAAUCGCCUUAUGUCUUUAAGAAAAUAAAGUUAUUAUUUAAUAAAAA